CCUAAGUUGCAAAGAACUGGUGAUUUCUUCAGCAAAACAAGGAUGAAUCAGGAUGGCCUUUCUCCGCCCAUCGACCACGAUGGGGAUACAUUGAGCAACAGCAGUGACAGCAUGCAUAACUCCGACGUGUCGUCGGUUCUGGACAUUACCACGUCACCGCGAUACAGCCCCACGGGGUGUGGCAUAGCAUUGCGUAGGAAUGAAGACGAGGAACCCAGAGGAAGAAUCUCGACAGCGAGCAACGAGCCCACAAGUCCCGAUAGCCCGGGGAUGAGUUCCCGAAAUUACGAUUCGGAUUCAACCCAACCUUUCGUGCACCCGGGCCAGAUAUCACCGAUAGGAGACCACAGCGAGGAAGAGUACAACGAGGAAACCGCACUGAACUUAGGGCGACUGCCAAGGCUGAGGGUCGAAGACGACAUCGCACCUGUAACCGACUCGGCUCACUGGUGGGUAACCUCCUGGCUGCGCACCCAAAACCACCACUCCUUCGCACCAGGACUCUUGGAGAGUUGCGUUGAGGAGUUUCAAAGCACCGAAUGGACCGACUCGACAUCGUCUGACGGCGAUGGUCGCUUUGGCAUGGGAGGAUAUCGACCACCCCUAGCCGACGCUGUCAGGGCAGCGAGCGCUGCUUGGGACAUCUUCGAGAGCAGCGGCGAUAGAAACGCUCCCAACGAUGCCAUUCCCGACCGGAGCGACGAAACGCUCUCCUCGAUUGGUGAUACGGAUCAUUACGACCCGGUUCGCAGUCCAACUCCGCGAACACCCUGGUCACCAGGACACUUGGAUUGGUCUGUUGAGAUGGAUCAAGAUACCGGAAGGGCCGACUCGGCCGACGAUUCCUCGUUAGAAGGCGAUGGUCUCAGGGAGACCCAGUCCACUGGGUCGUUGCCCCCCUAG